ACAACGACAACAAAAAAAAAAUUAAUAAAUUUGUAUAUUCCUCCGUUCCCUUUCGUUUUGGCAUGUUUCCUGGAUCCUUGAGUUUUAGAUUUCGGCUAAAUUUAAGGUUUUAGAUUUCGACGAAAUUCCAAACUAUAGGUCACUGUUGCUUCAGAGUUCAGCCCCAGAAUUUUGUGGUUGAUUUUCAAAUUGAUUUCGGACUUUGCAGAAUUCGGCUGCUUGCGUCUUCCCAAAGUUCCCAACGAAAUGGGCAACAAUUCACACAAAUUUUGCAGAUUUUUUCUGAAAAUUUCGUUCUAGUGAGCAACACAUGACCGAUUCUUAAAAGAAUCAGGAUAAUUAUUCAUUUUUUCCCAGUGGGGAGAUAUUCAUUCAAAAGAUUUUGAAUUAUUUUCUGUAUUCAAUCACCGAUUUUUAGUUGUAUUGAAUGUUUUAAAGGUCAAAGCCGAAUUUGCAACCAGGUUUUAGGGUUAAUAAAAUUUUCUCCGCUGAUGUGUGCAUUUUUGCUUGAAUUUGUAUGAUAUAAAAUUUUCUCAAACUUCUUUUGAAUUUAAAUUUCAAAGGAUCAGACAGUUCUUAAGCUUCUUCUCAUGGAUCUUCCUUUUGUUCUUUUCCAGUGGUUGGUCUAGGUUUCCUUGAGCCUUUUUUUUUUUUUUUCAGAAAUUUUCCCAUGGUUACUAAUUCUUUACACUGAUUUUGGUUUCACAACUUUCAAAUAAUAAUUCAGUUCAUAAGCACUAAGAACUGAACACUAUGCAUGGUCUGUUUCAUGAACUUAUUCUAAUUCUUUAUUUUUGUUGUUUUCAUUCACUUUCUCUACUGCACAAUUAUUUGAUGGACAAUUCUCGUUUGCAUAAUUAUACUUUUCCAAUCUUCUGAUUGAUACUUUGUUGAAUUUGAUUCUAAGCGCGGAUUAAUCUACAGCCACCGGUGCUGAAUUUUUCAGCUGGUUGUUGAAGAACAUGGUUUUAGGAGUCUUGUCUCCCGUCGAGGAGAAGAAAUCCAAUGAGAAAAGCAGGCAGACUGUAGAUGAGAGGGCCCCAUUGCUGCCUCCAGUGUAUUGUGACUCUGAUAAUGUGGAAUGUGAUGAGUUCAAUAGAGCUUCUUUUUCUGGUGCAGUAUUCAAUCUUUCGACGACGGUUGUUGGAGCUGGAAUCAUGGGGUUGCCUGCAGCAAUGAAGCUUUUGGGGAUUGGGCCUGGAAUUGCAAUAAUAAUAUUCAUGGCAUUUUUGACUGAAUUUUCAAUAAAGAUUAUGUUAAAGUUCAGCAAGCCUGCAAACUCUGUUACUUACAGUGGUUUAAUGAGGGAUUCAUUUGGAAGGACCGGAGAGAUUGCUCUGCAAAUAUGUAUCAUUAUUAAUAAUGUUGGGACUCUUGUUGUAUUCAUGAUCAUAAUUGGUGAUGUGCUAUCUGGAACAUCUUCUAGCGGGAUGCAUCACUCUGGCGUUUUAGAAGGAUUAUUUGGUAAACAUUGGUGGAAUGGGCGCACGUUUGUGCUACUUAUUACAUCACUUGCGAUAAUUGCUCCAUUGGCAUCUUUGAAACAAAUAGAUUCUCUGAGAUACACGUCAGCGUUAUCAGUUGCGCUGGCUGUAGUAUUCGUUAUCAUUACCACCGGAAUUGUAACCAUGAAAUUUUUGAAUGGAAGUACUGAAAUGCCGAGAUUUCUCCCAAAUGUGACUGAUGUAGCAUCAUUCUUGAAGCUCUUCACGGCUGUACCUGUUCUUGUCACGGCCUACAUUUGCCAUUACAAUGUUCAUCCAAUAACCAAGGAACUUGAGGACAAUUCGGAGAUGCAAUCUAUUGUCCGGAUUUCUCUUAUUCUUUGCAUGGUUGUGUACACAACUACCAGCUUCUUUUGUUUUCUCCUUUUCGGGGAGUCCACUUUGGAUGAUGUCCUAGCCAACUUUGACGUUGAUUUAGGAAUCCCAUAUUCCUCAUUUCUAACUUCCAUACUUCGAAUCUGCUAUGCUAUUCAUCUCAUGUUGGUGGCACCUAUCGCCUUCUUUGGCUUGCGGCUGAAUUUGGAUGAGCUUCUCUUCCCCUCUGCUAGACCUCUGGUCUUAGAUAACAAGAGGUUUACCCUUAUCAAUAUGGCCUUGAUUGCCUUCAUCUUCAUUGGAGCAAACUUCAUUCCUAGCAUAUGGGAUGCCUUCCAGUUUACUGGAGCUACUUCUGGUGUUUGCAUGGGGUUCAUCUUCCCUGGUGCAGUUGCUCUAAGGGAUCAACAUGGCAUUGCAACAAAGAAAGAUAAGAUACUUGGCAUCUUCAUGGUGGUCCUUGCGGUUUUCUCAAGUACAGUGGCUAUUUACAGUGAUGCAAACUCCAUGUUCAAGAAGAACAAUGGCUCCUUAAGGGCUUAAAGGGUAAGUAGCAUCUACAUACUGAAAAGUUUCUAUUAUAAAGAUCACUUGCCAUAUUUAUUAGACAACUAUCAUGUCAGAAUAUAUAAAAUAUCAUCGGUUUUCAAGAAUGUGCCACCCAUUCAAUUGGUACUAGUCUAUGUUCAUAUCAAAGCCCGGUGAUAUGCCUCUUUUUUGUCACUGAACUUGUUCACUUUCUUUAUGUAAUUAAAUUUUGAUAAUUACUGGCCGCUGAACUGACAAUCAUGUAUAUUUAUUCUUAUGUAAUUUGAAGUUUUGCACAUUACAAUAUGUGAUCCUUUUAA